ACACUCCCCAUUCCCAUCUGGUCGAGCCGCCGUCGAGGGUUUCCGGCGGCCGGCUCCUCUUUCCACAAUCCACGCCAGCAAUGGCGACCCCCAAGAGAAUUUACUCGCCUCUGUCGGAGAUCCCCGCCCACCUCUUGGAGCAGAUAUUCCUCCGGCUGCCCGACCCAGAAGACCUCGCCCGCACCUCCGCCGUCUGCGUUACCUUCCGCCGCCUCGUCACCGACGGCUCAUUCCUCCGCCGAUUCCGUCGCCUCCACCCACCACAAGUCCUCGGCAUCCUCGACCUCGGCGGGUUCCACCCCGCUCAGCCGCCUCACCCGUCGGCGCCCGCCGCCCGCGCGCUCGCCCUGGCCGCUGACUUCUCCUUUUCGUUCCUGCCUUCGCGCCGCCGACGGGCCGUCCAGGACGUCCGUGACGGCCGCGUCAUCCUCGUCCGCAAGCAAAACAUGAUGGCCGGGGAGCUCUCGAUGUUCCCGGAUCUUGUGGUGUGCGACCCCUUGCACCGGCGGUACGUCCUGCUUCCCCGGGUGCCUGACGACCUAGUGGCAUCGGUGGAGAGGCAAGAUGACGAAUUUUUAGGGUGGUCUUGCGAGCCCAGCUUCAUCCCACCUAGCGAUGAGGAGGCUGCCCUGGCGGAAGAGACGGCGUUCAGAGUGAUCUGGUCGGCAUGUUGCAAAACCAAUAUGGCCGUGUUUGUCUUCUCUUCGAGCACUGGGCAAUGGCGCCAUUUGGUGGACGGAUGCGUCUACUGGGUCUCGCCGAUGAACAAUACAGAUUUGCUUGUGCUUGACACCAGGACUAUGGAGUUCUCCGUUGCUGACCUCCCACCCGGAGAAUGGAGCCAGCAGGAUAUAGCUAUUGUGGAUGCAGGGGAAGGCAGGCUUGGGAUGUUUUGUGUAGAUGAUGAAAAUGCAAGUGAUAAAUCUUAUCUCUGUUAUACCAUCAGGCAAAACAAAGGCGAGAGCUCCGGCGAGUGGCAGAUGGAGAAAAUCUCACUAGGUUCUGGGUAUCGGUAUUGUAUCGGAGGUGGAACAGAGAAGUACUUGAUCCUACAAAGGAUAGAAGCCCAGAAGUACUUAUCGCUAACACCACCAAUCAUGGAAUUUUGCAAACUGAAUGUCAGGACAAUGCAAGUUGAGAGGAUUUGUGCUGAAUCUUGCGGGUUCUCUGGGUCUAAAGCGUUCAUAUAUACCAACUUCCCACCGUCGUUGUUGUCUUUACCGACAGUAUGAAUCGGUAAACUUUCUAUUACAUCCUUGCUAUGUCCAUCGCUUCAUGUUUAUCUCCCAGCUUGUCUAAUGCCUAAUAGUUUUAUACUGCAGUUGGUUUUUCUUGUUUGCAUGAUUUAGUAGUGGUUAUUUAUCUUCUACUUGUGGGAAAGCUAAUCAAGUACAGGUACAUAAUUACGAUUCGCUGUCUAGUUCAAUUUGCCAUUUUUAGAGAAUCAGGCAGGAGAAAAGCUCUUUCACAUAGCUUAUGCGUCCACUAUUAUGUUUGGUCUCAAGAAAUCAACAAAGGUCAAGGUAUAGAAGGAUUGAUAGAUCCAGUUUUACCUUUUGAGUGUUUCACUCACCUCACAAAAAAUUAUUUCAUUCAAGCAUGGUUAAUCUUAUAUCUGUUUUUUAAUAAAUAAAUAAGCAAUGAGGCAGGAAAAGUAUUCUUUUAGUCAUGUCACAUAUAUGAUUUUAUCUUCAAUGUUGUUUCAAAAUAAAUCUGAUUAACUGCUACGGUCACAAAUAAGAGCCCAACUAACUGCUCUGUAUAUCUUGUUCUCACAAGCUGUUUGAUUUGAAUCAGCCUCAUAAGAUCCGUUAUAGGAGGGGUGUUGUUUUCUCUUUCCUUUUAAAGAUAGUUGGAACAUUUCACCCACCUCUUCAUGAGUCUCCAUGUCAAUGCAUGCAAAAUAUAAGUAUUAAUCUCUGCGUUGUCUGGUCGGUUCACGUGCCAAAAAAAUCCCUGCAGCCGACAACUUGGGGCCCUGCCACAAACUUUCCAAUAAAACCCGUUGCCUUUUCCCAUCUCGACAACAAUCGCCACCUCCGUUUUAUUUCUCCCAUAUCCACAAUCAGAGCCCGCGAUAUAUCCGUCAA